AUGUUUGUUACACUUUGCUUUGCUCUCAUUGGUUGCAGUAGUAUAAACCAUACUAUAGCACCUUCUUUGUCUUACUCUUAUUCGCAUCCAUUUUCGCACAAUCCAAGUUGCUCUCUAACGCGGAAUUCCACUGAGAAUUUUGAGUUUUCGACGAGCAAAGAUGAUCAUAUUUGGAACUGUGGUGAAGGGACUAAUGGUUCUGUUCAUAGCAGGUUUAAACCAAUUGGUGAUGGUGUUGUUGGUUUGUCGAAUCAUGGAGGUGGAACCGGUAUCAGUUUGUUCAUGCAACAAGGGAAUAAUAGUCAGUAUAAAACUACUAGUUCGGAAAAUCAUUCUUUUUUUCCUUCUGAAUUGCCUGCUAGGCCUAGAUUUGAAGCUCAUUCGGGGGAUUCAAGAGGAAAUAACUCAGAGAAUCUGAGAGUGUUUGAAGGUUUAGAUGGUGGUAAGAUGAGGAAUAUUUUAAGACCAGAGAGAAUUGUUUGGGAUAUUGUUUCAGAAUCUGUCCUUAUUGUUUCACUGACAACUCAGGAGUUUACCGGUGAAGUAAUGGCAUCAACUCAGGAAUACUUGAAGAAUCUGAUUGAGAACAAGAAAGAAGAAUUGGUCAGCCUUCAAAACCGGCUUGAGAAAAGGUCUGAUCUUACCAAGGAUAAUCUUUCAAAGGGCAAUAAAGUUCAAUUAGAGAUUUUACUUGCCAUCAAGAUGGGGCUGUCGAGCUUCUUAUACGGUAAUCUUCAAUUAUCUGAGAUGGUAGAGAUUUUCUUGUAUAGGAGAUGUAGAAAUGUUACCUGCAAGAGUUUGCUUCCUGUUGAUGAUUGUGACUGUAAGAUCUGCUCGGGAAAUAAAGGGUUCUGUAGCUCUUGUAUGUGUCCUGUUUGUUUGAACUUCGAUUGUGCAAGUAACACUUGUAGCUGGAUUGGAUGCGAUGUUUGUUCACACUGGUGCCAUGCUGUAUGUGGCCUCCAAAGGAAGCUUAUCAAACCAGGGCCAAGCUUGAAGGGGCCUUCUGGGACCUCGGAAAUGCAGUUUCAUUGUAUUGGAUGCGGACAUGCCUCAGAAAUGUUUGGAUUCGUCAAAGACGUCUUCAUGUGUUGUGCAAAGGAUUGGGGACUUGAGACCUUGUUGAAAGAGCUUGACUGUGUCAGGAGGAUUUUCAUGGGAAGUGACGAUCACAAAGGGAAGGAAUUGCAUUUUAAAACCGAUGACUUGCUAUUAAAGCUUCAAACUAAAAUAGUAUCUCCUUCAGAUGCCUACAAUUACAUCAUGCAAUUUUUCAACUACGCGGAGAACAUGACAAACUAUCCGGCUCCUGGUUUUUCUUCAAAGGAAUUGGUAGUCCAUCAAGCCAACCUUCCAAAGGACACAAUAUCUCUUCCAAAAGCUAACUCUUCAAUACCAAAAUACCCUUAUGACUCAAGCUACUCGAGGCCACAUUCCAGUGCUUCGUCAAAAGAUCUUCAUCAAAAAGACCUCAAAGCUUCCAUCUUAAGCGAGCUAAAAAACGACGCUGAUCUUCAACUGGCAGCUUUACAAAGCAAAAGAAAUUAUUAUGUUGUUUCUAUCUGUUUGUUGUGCAGGGAAAAAGGAAAGGAAGAGUUAUGA